AUGACUGCUCGUGGAGCUCUGACAGGAAACUUCAGCAGCAGCAGUCGCACUCCGUCGCUUCAGCCGCAGUUUGCCGUCUGAAAUGCACUUGACUGGACUUUGCGGGGUUUGCGUGAGUUUCUCAUCCUGUGAAGUCAUGGCUCUCCAGCUUCAUUUACCGACAGCACGUCACUGAUGAUGAACGAGUAGUAGUUUUCUAGGACAAACUUUGGAACUUUAUGACAUUUCGUCGCUUUUAGCCCACGCUGGACGCGAGGAUGGAGACGAUAUUUUACCUGCUCGCCCUCAUGUUGGCCCGGGUUAGUUGGGGUCUUGGAUAUGCGGAGUCCAGUGUUCAGACGGGACAGAGAGCGGCUAGCAGACACAGGAACUGGUGUGCUUACGUGGUGACACGCACUGUUAGCUGUGUGAUGGAGGACGGGGUGGAGACAUACAUCAAACCAGACUAUCAACGCUGUACCUGGGGCCAAUGUCCUAGAGUUGUCUACCGGACAUACAGGAGGCCAAGGUAUAAGGUGGCUUACAAGAUGGUGACAGAAAUGGAGUGGAAGUGUUGCCAUGGUUACUCUGGGGAAGACUGCCACAAUGGGCCAAAGGGAACCACCGACACUCAGGUCAAUGGAGGGCAAACCCGUGUCACACAGACGGGCUACAACACAGGCGGCGGACAGAGAGGAGGUGACACUGAGAAGAUCAAACAGCUGGAAGAAACGAUCCAUGGUCUGACCAAAGACCUCCACAACAUGCAGACCACCAUUCACAGCAUAAACCAGAGGCUGCCUGGUCUGAAUGGGGUCAUUGUCCCUGCUGAUUCAGCUCAGCCACACAUGAAGGAAACCAUCAACAACAUCCAGACCAAGCUGGACCAUCUCUACAACAGGACACAGGUCCAUGACCAGACCCUGCUCAACAUCAACAACCACCUGGUGAACGGAGGGGGCAAUGAACUGGACGGAGCGGCCAGAGAAGGAGGAGGACCUGGGGGAAACCAGCUGAACAUUCUGAAGGAGGAGAUACUGACGGAGCUGGAGAGAAGGGUGUCUUUGUCCUGCUCUGCCUGCCAGGCUGGUGUGGAGGACCUGAGGCGCCAGCAUCAAGAGGACAGGGAGCGGAUCCAAGCCCUGGAGAAGCUGAUCAGCUCCAUGGACCAGCACCUGAGGCAAAGCCUGGACAUCUCCCGCAGUGAGACCGUACGCUCCCAAGCCUGCUGCAACACAGUCACUGAGCUGGAGAAGAGCUUGUCUGAUCUAGAGGGCAGUGUCAUCUCCACAGCUAACAAGUGUGAUACUAUUAAAGGGCGGCUAGAUAAGGAGCUAGCUGGGAUAGGUGGAGGAAAGGGAAGAGUGACAGAGGACAGGCUGAAUGGCAGACUGAGAGAAUUGGAGAAGAGGACGAAUAACACGGUGAGGAAGGUGGAGCAGAGGUGUACCAACACCUGGAACAACAUGAAGGACAACGUCCAGAGAGACGUCACACAGCUGCGCAACAUGGUCCUCAGUCAGCUGGAUGACCACAGCUUCAAGAUCGGCAAGAUAGAGCUGGACGUGGCAGUUCUCGGAGAUACUGUCACUGACCACAGUCGGCGUUUAAGUCAGGUGGAGAACAUCACAACUUUCCUGGACAGAAGGCUAACAUCGACUACAGAAAUGUGUAAUGAGACCUGCGGGCCUAACGGAAAAGGCCGUAAGACUGAUGACACUGUGAAAACCUUAGAGUGGAGAGUUGUGGCCAACCAAGAGGAGAUCCAGAAGUUUAACACCAGGUUAAAUGAUUUGUCUGUGUCAGGGGACUCGUUGACUGACAGAGUGAUCAACUUGACAGACGACGUCAAAAAGAUAAUAGCUGUGACAGGGGAGAAUGGCGAGCAUUUCAACCGGAUUGUCACAGAAGUUGAAACGUUGGGCCAUAAUUUUGAGGACUGUUCUAUUUGCAGCAGUAUAGAGGAGGACUUGCGCUUGCUCACCAACUCCACCAAGAGCGGCCUCAGCAAGUGCCAGGCAGAACUAACAGAUCUGCGGAGAAAGGUCGACUCAGGAGAGUCUGUCUGCUCUCAGGUGUGCUCCAACCUUCAGGAGGAGGUAGGACGACUCAAAGAGGAAGUGCAGGAGUGUACUGCGCAGUGUAAAAUCAACAUAAAUGAUCUGAACGAACGCCUGGACGGUCAUAGUGCCCAUAGUGGAAGAUUAGGAGGGGAUCUGAAGUCCAUCCAAGGAGAGCUUGCUGGGGUCAUGGUCACAUUUAACUCCAUCAAUAACACUCUGAAGGGCCUGGGAAGGACUGUACAGACGCACGGGAACACGCUGACUGAUCUGACCAACACCAAGGACGACAUCAUCUCUGAGGUGGACAAUUUGCAGAAGGAGCUGACAGAGCACGUUGAUGACUCGAAGAUUCGAUUUGGCAGUCUGGACAAAGAGAUCCAGAUAAUAAGGAGCAACUAUGUGACGGUGAUGGGCGACUGCCGGCGGUCCAGCGAUGGCCUGGACCGAAGACUCUCCAAGCUGGAGGGAGUGUGCGGACGCUUCGACUAUUUUUCAGACAGCCUGGAGAGGAUCAAGGAGGGCCUGAACCGACAUGUGUCUGGGCUGUGGAGCUGUGUUAAUGGACUCAAUGUCACGUUAACGUCUCAAGGAGAUCUUAUCGACAAUAUCCAGAACGUCCAGCUGGAGAACGUUCACUCCAACAUACACAGACUGAAUUCCUCAGUGGUGGAGUUGGUCAACGAAUUCCACAGUUUCAUAGAGCAGGACUUCAUGGGUCCACCUGGUCUACAAGGCCCCCGUGGAGAGAGAGGCGAGCGUGGACCUCAGGGUCCUGUAGGACCCCAAGGGGAGGUGGGACUCCCGGGCAAAGUGGGAAAGCAGGGACCAGCUGGAUUCCCAGGCCUCAGAGGUGAACAGGGUCCUGCAGGGUCUGAUGCCCACGUGCCACGCCUUUCGUUCUCUGCUGCGCUGACUCGCCCGAUGAGAAGCGCAGGAACCAUAGUGUUCAACGAGGUCUUUGUCAAUGAAAAUAACGUCUACGAUCCCAAAACAGGUUAUUUCACAGCUCCAGUGAGUGGGAACUACUUCUUCAGCGGCAUCCUUACGGGCCAUAAGAACAUGAAGAUCGAGGCCGUGUUGUCCAAGUCCAACACAGGCGUAGCCCGAGUGGACUCAGCUGGGUAUCAGCCUGAAGGCCUGGAGAAGCCCAUGGCGGAGGCCAAACACAUCCCUGGAGCACUGGCUGUCUUCAACAUCAUCCUGCCCAUGGAGGCAGGGGACACAGUCUGUAUCGACCUUGUCACUGGCAAACUGGCCUACUCCUCUGAACCCUUGACCAUCUUCAGCGGGAUGCUGCUGUACGAGAGCAUCUGAUUGGAUGUAGUCUCAUUGUAAUUUGUCUCUCUCCCUCUGGGUGAAACUUUCAGCACGUGAGCAUCUAAUUUGUCUGCUGGACUGACUAAGAGACAGAGCCACUGGCUGAAAUAACUGGACUGGAUUUAUUCAGCAAGGGGGGAAAAAACUACUUUAUAUUGUACUUUAUGUGCUAGGGAGGGGAGAAGGGAAAAAAAACUCCUUUUCAACCACAAUCAUUUUUUGUGUGUUUCACAGCUUUAAUGAAAAGAAUUUGUGCAAAGAGCCAUUGUGUUUUUUUAUUCUAUGACUGUUUUUUUCCUCAGAAUAAAGCAACUGCAGGGUUAUCUUAUAAUUUCAUAUUCCAUGCUGUGUUAUAAACUUGAAUUCUUUACUGAUUACACCGACAUAGCCUUCAGGUCUGACGUGUGUUAAUGAAAAGAAAUUCGGUAAGAUGAUAAAAGAUAAAGGAUGUGGGGGUUUUUGUUUUUUGUGUGUAAUCCACCCACAGGAUAUCAAACGUUCAGAGGUUAUUGCACACUCUUGCUUCUGUUUCUAAUGUAGUUUCUUUUCUUCAUGCUCACAGUUUCAUUUUGACCACAAGCAAAUUCCCAGAAACACAACACUGAAUGCCAGUUGUCUUGGAAAAAAUGCAGAGUGAUGUAGGCAGAGGGGACACAGUCCAAACCACUAUUCCUUAGGAGGAAAUGCACAAAUGAGGUCACUGACAGUUCCGUCGAGAAACCGCAAGAUUUUAUAAAUCAUACAACAGCAAAACAAUAGGACCAUUUUAGGACAUUAGCUAUGCCCAGAAACAUGUGGGGAGGCGGAGGAUGGCCAGGGGGAAGAAUGGGGAUUUUUUUCCCUCUAUCCUAAUAAGGUCCAUCUAAACGUGGUGGAGGAUCAAGUAUUUGUAUAAGUUAUGAGGCUGUUACUAUCAGUCUAUCUUACAAUGGGAUUUUUAUGUAAAGCUAACAAUAACAAAUAAUGAAGCUUCACAUACCCUUGUCUCUAUGCUACAAAUCCCAUCUCUUUCAUGAAUACACAAACUUCCUGCCUUUAGAAGUCUAAUUAAAAUGUCUCCAGAAGAAAAUAUGUGCAUGAUAUAAUUUUCUGCGUCGACAAUACGGCAGAUUGGGCCCAUAUUUACAUUAUGGUGGAAGUAAUACAUGAAUUAAUAUCAGCACAUCAGGGUUUGCUCACAAUGCAUGUUUUGUUCACAAUUUUUUCCUCAGUGUUCAGUGUGGGAAUUUAAUUUUAUAUGUUUGUAUGCAUUGUAUAACCUUGAAAGAAUGUAAAUAUUUUUCAGCAGUUUUGCCCUUAUAAGAUUUUUACGACUUACCACUUCACCAUGCCAGGUACUGUAUAUGUUUUGUAUGUGUUUGCCACAUGCAUGCCUCAAAUACAGAUACCCAGUUUUACACA